AUGAGACAACGAUGGGUGCUGCUUCUCCAUGUCUUGUCGGUUGCCUGCUGGUGGCCUUCACUAGUAGUCCGCUGUAGCGCAGCCGAGUUUGAGAUGGUAUUGGUAGAACCAGAACAGGAACCGGUUUCUUACACCUCGGCAGCGUUUUCCACACCUCCUCCCCUCCCCAAGUUCCCUUCCGUGAUAAACCUCCGAGUUGCGGUGUUCCACGCGCCACCCUUUGCUACCGUCGAAGAGCUACCCAAUGGGACCGUCGUCUAUGGCGGCUUUCAGAAGGACUUGCUGGAGAGCCUGGUCGACUUUGCUGCCGCCGACAACGUAACACUGAACUGGAAUCUGAGUGUGGCACCGCUUCAAUACGGUGCCUCUUUUGACCUGGUAGCCAAUGAUUGCCAUCAAGUGGCGGAAAACCCUCAAGAAAGUUGCGGCCAACUCGACGUGAUGGUGGCCAACUUUUACUCCACACCCGAUCGAGCGCUACGAGCCGACAUGUCUCCCCCUUGGUUGCGAUCGUCCAUUAGUACGGUCAAAUACGUCGACAAGACCACCUUGGACUUCUCCACACUCUCGCAAGCCGAAGCAGCACGGGCAUGGGUCUGUCUCAAGGAUGGCACCUUUUACGCGGGGGUCGUCAAGGCAAGGUAUCCCAAGAUUAACUACCUCAUGUGUCCCUCCCAGGACGAUUGCCUGCUCGAAUUAAAGGCCGAAAAGUGCGUCCUUUACGCAGAUGACGAACUACAGCUGUAUUAUCGAGCAGCCUGGGAUCCCCAGUUGGAAGUGACCAAAGAAACGUUUAAUACACAGUACAUUGCAUGGGCACGCAGCUAUCGACUAGACCCAAUUGUUUUGAUCCUUCUCAACCGAUGGGCAUUGGCGGCCGUCACGAGCUCGAGGCUCGAUGAACUCUACAGUAAAUAUUUCCAAAAGGCACUCUGUCCGGUGGGAACCGCCGGAGAUGCCUGCGAAUUGCCUUGUGAUCCCAAUCAUGGUUCCGCCGAUGCCAACGGCGUCUGUGUCUGUUCGUCCACCAAAUGGACCGGAGAUGAUUGUUCCGUCGAAGUGGCAGAGAAUACCAAUCUGAUCCCCGCUACGCUCUUGGCUAUGGCAUAUGCCAUGUUGGGAGUCAACGUACUGUCCAUUAUCGGAUGUGGUGUGUGGUUAAUAUACCAACGACAAUCUACACAAGUGCGGGUAUCACAGCCCUUCUUUUUGAAUUUGGUGUUGCUGGGAUGCUUGAUUAGUACCUGCACCAUUAUCCCUUUGGCACAGCAAGACGAAGCAGACGGACCUGUGGCCGCAUGCAUGGCGAUUCCGUGGAUGUACUCGGUAGGGUUCUCCAUCACAUUCGGCACUCUGUUUGCCAAGAUUAGACGGGUUUUCAUCAUUUUCAAGAGCGCCAUUGACAUGCGACGGAACAUUGUCACAUUCAAAGAAACAUUUUGUGUCAUCGGGGCGGUCUUGGCAUUGGAUGUCACCAUACUCAUCGUGUGGACUGUGGUGGACCCAUUGGAGUGGGAACGAAAAGUCCUCAGCGAAGAUCAAUUUGGAGCAGCUUUGGAAUCAGUCGGGUAUUGCAAUUCAGACCAAUGGAUGGUGUUUGCUGGUUUGAUCGCUGCUUUGCAUCUGUGCCUCUUGGGCACAGCGUGUUACAUGUGCUACGUCAGUAGAUCUAUCCCAACAAAGUUUUCAGAGGGGAAAUACGUCUCGAUCGCGAUGAUAUCCAAUCUACAGAUCUUUGUCGUUGGUGUUCCAAUAUUAGUCAUGCUCGGGACAGAUCCCCAAACAGGUUUCUUUGUCCGCUGUGUGAUCAUCUGGAUGAAUGACCUAGCAGUUGUGGCUCUCAUUUUCGGAAACCUGAUAUACUCAGUGCAUUGGGGUCCAAAAGGUGAAGAGGGCAAGGACGUAAAAUCCGUUGUGAGCAAUGCAGUUCAACAGUAUUCGAGAGCUGCAGGCAUGUCGUCAAAUAGGCAAAUGUUUGGAAGCCGCAUGGAUUCUUCCUACAGAAGCAACAUGGAUGGAUCGUACAAGCAAGGAUCCAGCCGAUGGUUGUCAAAAAGCAUUAACAGCCAUAACAGCAGCGACAGGAGUCUCAAUGGCGGCAAUGGAUCAGAUCAUUUGGCCGCACCUUCUUUCCCCGCAGGUUCUCCUGAGCCAUUACCGAUGAUCAAGCGAAAGUCCUCCUCUGACCUGAGAAUACCGCCCAUUAUUUUGGAGAGUGCAGCGUCGCAAGAGGGCAGCCAGGCCGAGGUGGCACGAGUAUCAAGAGCUUCAAUCGAGGCGGAUGUACUCGGUGAGAAAACUUCGUGGGCUGGAAUUAGUAUGUCAACGUUUGAAACCACCGGGAGUUUACAUACCAUUAGACCGAAAUCAGAAUCAGAGGACACCGGAAUUGUUAAACGAGACGACGUUCUCUCCGACAACAAAGCGUCGUGGGGUCGAAUGAACCUUUCCACCGUUCUAUAUGAUGAAAAUCCCAGCAAGGAUUCGUCAGAAGCUUCUUUUCACGAUGAUGAUCAUUUGGAGUCCCACAGCGCUGAUAACGACAAUAUUCGACCUUCGCAGUCUCCCUUGACCCCCAUCGCUGAGGAUAAGGGCCUGGAACCACUUCCCGAGCAUUCUGGUGGAAAAUUGUCCAAUUCAGAGCUUUCAGAUCCGGCACUAUGCCACUUCACAUCCGAGAACGAAACCGAAGAAACGUCAGGAUUCUUCAAUUUAGAUGAUGUAUCUGAUGCCGGCCCUAGCAUGAUCGUGGUAGAGAAGCCUUUCUCUGCUACGAACCAUUAG